AUGCUCCCUCCAAAAUUCGACGACCUGCCCCCCGUAGAGGGAAUGCCAGCAGGCUGUGCUUGGGGUGUCUUUGACAAGGACGGGAAAAAGGAUGUCUACGGCACCUUGAAUCUGAUCGUCCCUGACACCAUCAAGGGUGCAGCUGAAGAAGUCCGUCAAGGCCUUUCUAUUUCCCUCAAUUGGCCAAUUGGAAGCAUUAAAAUCCCCGGCUUCUUUCGAAAAAGUCUUUGUCACAAUGUCUUCAAGUUGGAAGAUCCGUUAUCCGGUGACCACUAUGGUUUUGACGAUGAAGUCGAGUUCAAUACCCAAGCCAGCAGUCAGUGGGAUAGCCUCACUCAUUUCAUGCACCUGCCAACCCAGCUUACCUACAAUGGGACAAAGCCAUCGAUCGAAACCCUCAAGGCCCCAGUCCCUACCAAUCAACUCCCAACACUAGAUCACUGGCACCAAAGAGGCUGUGUGACCGGACGAGGCGUGCUCAUUGACUUUAAAAGUUACGCGGAGUCUCAUGAACUGCACUACGACCAGUUCUCCGGCUUCCGCAUUGGGACAAAAGACUUGGAAAUGGUAGCCGCAUGGCAAGGCCUGACAUUCCGGCCAGGCGACAUUCUCUUGAUCCGAUUUGGCGUAACCGAGGCACUGGGUCAGAUGAGCGGGGCGGAGCAGGGGGCUGCGAUGAGUACGGGUCAGAUGUGCGGGCUUGAGGGAAGCAAGGAUAUGGCGCGCUGGCUAUGGGAUCAACACUUUGCGGCUGUUGUGAGUGACAACAUGGCUGUUGAGGCUAUGCCGCCUAUCGUUGAUGGUGUUGAGCAGCCUUUCCAUGAACUUGUGCUGCACCAGUGGUGUCUUGGUCUGCUAGGAAUGCCUCUGGGAGAACUGUGGGAUCUGAAGGCCCUUGGUGAAGCGUGUCGGGCCAGUAAGCAGUAUUCCUUCUUGCUUACUUCCUCGCCACUGAAUUAUCCCGGCGCCGUUGGAAGUCCACCCAAUGCUUUGGCCAUCCUUUAA